AUGAGUUUUUUCGGUAGUCUUGGUAAAAAGGCUGUAGAAAAAGCCUAUGAUCUUGCAUCAAAAGUUGAAGGUGGUCGUGAUUAUUUAACAAAUGCAGCUAAUACAGUUAAUUCAUUAGUCAAAGGCAAAGAUGCUCGUGUUUAUUUAAAACCAGGUAAUGUUAUACAAUUCAAAUCUCGAGCAUCUGAUCGUUCAAUACAAAUUGUUGUUUCAAAAGAAACAAAUGAAUUAAUAUGUGAUGCUAUUGGUGGUACAGGUCCAUUUUUUCCUAAUGCAUAUUGGCUUGUUGUUUGUGGUCAACAUAGUCGAUAUUAUUUUCAUAAUAAUUAUAAUUAUCUUGGUAUUCGAAAUGGUAAACUUGUUAUUAUACCAUCAUCAUCAACUGAAAAACCACCAAAGGAAGCUGAAUUUCGUGUACAAGAUGUGUUAGGUUCAGCACAAGCUAUUUAUAUUGAAUCAGUACAUGUACCAGGAUAUUUUCUUAGUUUUGAUGAGGAUGGUGUACCUGGUGAUGGAAUUAAAACACAAAUAAAAGAAAAAUUUUUUCAAUUCGAAAUUCAAUUAAUUGCUUAUGGACCUGGUAUUCAACCUGAAAAAGAUGAUAAUACAAUUGAAAAACCCAAUGAAGCAUCACCACCACCUUAUUGGUCUGUGUCAGCUGGAUCAACACCACAACAACAAUCUCAAACUGGAAAUAAUGCUAAUUCAACAUCAUAA